GGAACAAGUCGUACUCUGGGGAGUAGUCAAAGAGUGAACGAUGGACAGGAAGACAGUGAAGUGCCUGACGAACUAACAAAGUGUUACCCGUACUUUGUUGCCGCCCCUGCCCGUCCUGUGUGCCGCCGCCACCUGUUCCCGGUGACUCGUGUAUAGUUGCUGUAAUAUAGAGAAAUAAGGAAGAAGUGUUUCCUUCUCCCCACUCUGUGUGACUAAUCUGAGUGAGAGUGGGUGCUAUUAUACUGCUAUAGCAGCAGACAGCCAGCCUGAGAGAGCGAUCUGCGAGCCUCUCCACCCAAGCCGCGCCGCGUCACCCAGAUCACCAGCAUCCUCUCUCAGUCGCCGCUGCCUCAACAUCUCAGACACUACCUCGGCAAACAAUCCAUCACCGCUCUUGUCGCCUAUACGUUGUUAAAUUUCAUCAAGCAUCAGAUAUGGAGGAAGAACGUGGCACAGUAGUACUCGCCUACUCAGGAGGUCUCGACACAUCUUGCAUCCUGGUGUGGCUUCGCGAACAAGGCUAUAGAGUUGUCGCUUUCAUGGCUGACCUUGGCCAAGAGGAGGACUUUGAGAAAGCUAAGGCGAAGGCCACCAAGCUGGGAGCUGCGGAGGUAGUGGUGCAAGAUCUUCGGCGGGAGCUCGUGGAAGAUUUUGUGUGGCCCGCUGUUCGUGCCGGGCUAGUUUACGAGGGCCGAUACUUGUUGGGCACGGCACUAGCUCGGCCCUGCAUCACCCGCGCCCUCGUCUCGCAGGCUAAGAGAUUAAAAGCAGGUUACAUAUCCCAUGGAGCUACAGGGAAGGGCAACGACCAGAUACGCUUUGAGCUCGGCUGCUACACACUUUGUACGGAUAUCAAGAUCAUUGCUCCGUGGAAAGAUCCAGCCUUCUACGAGAGAUUCCCAGGCCGACCUGAGUUGUUCGAGUAUGCUAAGACUCACGGUAUACCACUGCCAGUCACCCCGAAGUCACCUUGGAGCAUGGACGCCAAUAUGGUGCACAUAAGUUACGAGUCUGGAGUGUUGGAGGAUCCUGCUGCUGCCCCUCCAUCCACCAUUUACCAGAUGACCACCAACCCAGAGCAAGCACCCGACGUUCCGCAAUGUCUCAUUCUUACCUUCCGCCGUGCAUCUCUGAGGAGAUUGUCACCUCCCACUGCCAGACACUGUUGGUCCAUUGUUGUGUUCAGACCUAAAAUAGCUUGUAACCAAAGUGACAAAAGUGUUCUGCAACUACAAGUUGGAGAGGCCCGCCCACAUCUGGAGGUACUGAAAGCACAACUGGCGAAAUUUGAGGAGUCAUUCGACAAAUUUCCAACAGGCGUGUUUUGGAGGAACUUUUUGACGAUGACAGAUAUCCUUCAAAGAUUCAUCUUCUAUCAGAGGGAAGCGAACUGGAAGGGACAUUUACACGAGUGUGCAAACAUGCUUCCUUACCUUGCGGCAGCUGGGCAUUACAAGUAUGCCCAGCAAUCAUUGCCCCUGUACUUGGCUGAGAUGAAAAACCUGUCCGAUUCCGCACCAGAUGUAGAAACACAGUUCAUGGAGGGAUCGUUCGUUGGAAGACACGCUGCAGGCGAGCACAAUGGAGUUUCCCAGAUAUGCUCCUGGAGCAAACUUUCAAUGCUGAUGCGAAAGAAGCAAGCGGACUGGACGGGAUUACGCUCAACAAAGCUGCUCGAAGUAAAUGGGUUUACACAAAACCUAUCACUGCAAGUGUAUCUGCCGAACUGA